CAAAUUCUCCACGGGAAGAAAAGAAUGAUUGAUUAAAUCACGAAUUUGGUAUGAUGCUUAACCUGAACAUAAUUUGGGGUCAUAGUUGGCUGGUGAUUUGAGAAGGAAAUUUCAGUGCUUGUGUUAGUUUCAUGGAAUUUAAAAAGAAAAUAUAAUUAAUAAGCUGUAAAGCUUACUCGGGAAACAAAUGAAUUCUUGAUUACUAUUAUUAAUACGUAAUUGUCAACAGCUAAUGAGCGAACCUCCAUUUUUAAAUAAAAAAGAAAGUGAGAGCCAACAGAAAACUACUUUUAACUAUCCAUUAAUAAAAAUGGGAUAACGACCAGUGAAUGUUACGGCCUGUGGUGGUAAACAAGUGAACAUAAUCCAGUCGACGUGGUACCCCCGCUUCUCCCUUCAACCACAACGUCAAAUCUUUCCUCUUCCUUUCUACGCCUCCAUAGAAUUCAAAUUCAGAAGCUAUGAAUAUUCGUGUGUCUUCUUCUUCUUCUUCUUCCUCGUUUCCCACCACUGUCCACUGGCUCUCUCCUCUUCUUCUACCUCUACCUCCUUCAACCACCACCUCAGCAACCUCUUCUAAGCCCACGCGUCCAUUUCGCGUGCAAUUCACAGCCCACCAGCAAACUCAACCCACCGCCACUGAUUUAUCUCUCCCCACUAAUAAAAAGAGUAACGAUGAACAGACCCUUCUUUCACUCCUCCGCCAAAGAAAGACCGAUCAAGCCUGGGCCCAUUACUCCCAAUCCCCUCACCUCCCAACCCCUACUUGCCUAAGCCGCUUAGUCGCUCAACUCUCUUACCAAACCACUCCACAAUCCCUCACACGCGCUCGUUCCAUCAUCACGCGCCUCCGCAAUGAACGCCAGCUGCACCGUCUCGAUGCCAACUCCGUUGGCCUACUGGCCUCUGCUUCCGCAAAAUCCGGGCAUACCCUUUACGCCUCUUCCCUCAUCAAGUCCAUGCUUCGCUCCGGUUACCUUCCCCACGUUAUAGCAUGGAGCGCUGUCGUUUCGCGGCUCUCUACUGAGUCACCCUCAGAGUCGAUAAACCUUUUUGACUCUGUAACUCGCCGAGUCAGACGUUUCGCGGAUCCCUCAAUUGUUGCUGACUCCAAACCUGAUUCGGCUGCCUAUAAUGCUGUGCUUAACGCUUGUGCUAAUUUGGGGGACAAAAGUAAAUUUUUGAAACUGUUUGAUGAAAUGUCUGAAUGGGGUUGCGAAUCUGAUGUUUUGACUUAUAAUGUUAUGAUAAAGUUGUGUGCUAGAGCUGAUAGGAAAGAUUUGCUUGUGUUUGUGUUGGAGAGGAUUAUUGAGAAAGGAAUACGGUUUUGUAUGACUACUUUGCAUUCCCUCGUUGCCGCUUAUGUCGGAUUUCAUGACCUUAAAACGGCUGAGAAAAUUGUUCAAGCUAUGAGGGAAAGAAGGAAUGAUCUUUGUAAGAUUCUCCGGGAUGCGAAUUUGGAAGAUUUAAACCAAGCCGAGGAAGAGGAGGAUGAAGAGGAUGAGGAGGAGGAGGAUAGGAAAGAUUUGAGUCAAAAUGAGAGACAUGAUAUCGUAUUUGAGAAGUUACUUCCUAAUUCAAUUGAGCCAAAUAGUGAACCACCGUUAUUGCCAAAAGUGUAUGCACCUAACUCGAGGAUUUAUACGACUUUAAUGAAAGGUUAUAUGAACGCAGGUAGGGUUACUGAGACAGUGAGGACGCUAGAGGCAAUGAGGCAUCAAGAUGAUAAGGCUAGUCAUCCUGACCAUGUUGCAUACACAACAGUUGUUUCUGCUUUUGUGAAGGCAGGAUUGAUGGAUAGAGCACGAGAAGUGCUAGCUGAAAUGACAAGAGUUGGUGUGCCUGCUAAUCAGAUUACUUAUAAUAUUCUUCUUAAGGGUUAUUGCAAGCAGUUGCAAAUAGAUAAGGCGAAGGAAUUACUAAGGGAGAUGGCCGAUGAUGCAGGGAUUAAGCCUGAUGUGGUUUCAUACAACAUAUUGAUUGAUGGAUGCAUAUUGAUCGAUGACAGUGCAGGGGCUCUUGCAUUCUUCAAUGAGAUGCGGGAGAGAGGAAUUGCCCCUACCAAGAUCAGUUACACUACUUUGAUGAAAGCUUUUGCUUUGUCAGGUCAACCAAACUUAGCUAACAAGGUUUUUGAUGAGAUGCUUAGAGAUCCACGGGUGAAAGUUGACUUAGUUGCUUGGAAUAUGUUGGUUGAGGGAUAUUGUAGACUGGGACUGGUUGAAGAAGCGAAGAAAAUAAUCCAGAGAAUGAAAGAAGAUGGGUUUUACCCCAAUGUUGCCACUUAUGGUAGUCUAGCAAGUGGGAUUUCAUUGGCUAGAAAACCAGGAGAAGCACUUUUGCUUUGGAAAGAGAUAAAGGAAAGGUUCGAGAUGAAAAAGGAGGGCGAGAAUCCACAUUCUGGUUCUCCAUCUCCUCCGCCAUUGAAACCAGAUGAAGGGCUGUUAGAUACUUUGGCUGAUAUAUGCGUGAGGGCUGCUUUCUUCAGGAAGGCUUUGGAAAUUGUAGCUUGCAUGGAAGAGAACGGUAUACCACCAAAUAAGACCAAGUACAAGAAAAUCUAUGUGGAGAUGCAUUCAAGGAUGUUUACUAGCAAGCAUGCCUCACAGGCAAGGCAGGAUAGGAGAAGAGAAAGGAAGAGAGCGGCUGAGGCAUUCAAGUUUUGGUUGGGUUUGCCUAAUUCUUAUUAUGCGAGUGAGUGGCACUUUGAACCUAUAGACAGAUGAUUAUCCCUCUGAGUUUGUAAAACCACGUAAACAUUACUGUAUACUUACUAUUUUUAAUUCAAUGAAUGUAAUUUCUGAUGCAAAACAAUCGGUCAAGUGGUGUUUCAUGUAAGUAAUGAAUUAAACAAAUUUGUGAUUGGAGUCUACCUGUUUUAAUAUGAUGGUAUUUAGCAUCUCGAUCUUGAUAGGCUGGUACUGGUCUGUCUUGAGCUUCAGAGUUCAUACCUGAU